CGCAUUUCCACGAGUGCGUUCGCUGAGCCCGGCCCACCGCAGGGUUUCGGGGCGCACUGUGGUGUGAGAGUCGGUGCAAGCGUGGGGCUGGAGGGAAUGCAGCGACGGGAGCCGCGUGCAAGAGUGGGCAGCAGGAAAGGGCCUGCCGGGAGCGGGCACCUGCCGACCAGGGCCUUCCCCGCCGCCUCUCCUGCAGGGCAUGCUUCUUCCUUCCGCGCUCGCUCUCCUGCAGACCUGAUCACAGCACGUCGUGCCUUUCCACUCCCUUGUUGAAAAUCCACAGAUGGUUUCCGGGUAUGGUAUCCAGAAGUGAAAAGCCGAUGAGGAGAAAGGCACUACCUCCUAGGACGGAGAAGAUGGAUACUGAUCAGGACUGGCCCAGUGUUUACCCCACUGCCGCACCGUUUAAACCCUCAGCUGUUCCUCUACCUGUUCGAAUGGGAUACCCAGUAAAGAAGGGUGUGCCCAUGGCGAAGGAAGGGAAUCUAGAGCUUUUAAAGAUCCCAAAUUUUCUGCAUUUGACUCCUGUGGCAAUUAAAAGGCACUGUGCAGCGCUGAAAGAUUUCUGCACUGAGUGGCCAGCUGCACUCGACAGUGAUGAGAAAUGUGAGGAGCAUUUUCCAGUUGAGAUUGAUACAGCGGAUUAUGUGUCAUCGGGACCAUCUAUUCGAAACCCCAGAGCUCGAGCAGUAACGUUAAGGGUUAAACUUUCCAGUUUGAAUUUAGACAAUCAUGCAAAGAAAAAACUCAUUAAACUUGUAGGAGAGCGGUACUGCAAGGCCACUGAUGUGCUCACUAUCACCACAGACAGAUGCCCUUUGAAGCGGCAGAACUAUGACUAUGCAAUGUAUCUUCUCACAGUCCUGUACCACGAAUCUUGGAAAACUGAAGACUGGGAAAACAGUAAGACCGAGGAAGACAUGGACGAGUAUGUGUGGGCAAAGAGCUCCUCGGAGAACAGUGUCCUUCAGACCCUGCUGCAGAUGAGAGCUGCGGAGAGCAGUGUGGCGCCGAGCAGAGAAGAGCUGCUGGGGACUAAAGAGGUCGAGGAUUAUCAGAAGUGUAUUGUUCGUCUCAAGAACGAGGGGGAGAACGAGGCAAGCCUCGCUCAGUACAAGGAGUCUGUGAAGAGACUGUUAAAUUUGGCAUGAAGUCCAAACUAGAAGGCAGCUGUGUCAAUUUUAUGUUGUAUUUAGUCACUGAUUUGAUAUAAAUGGGAGAAUCCUUAAGAA